CAUACCGGCGGUGUUCACACCUUGGUUCCCCUCAUCUCCAGUGGACGGACGGUUCCAGGGCCCGCGACUAUAUAUCCCGGGAGGUUAUGGAUAGGCGAAAACCAGAGUCACAGUGGUGGCCCAGGAUAUAGCACGAUGCUGCAGAGUGAAUGGAGCUUGGACAACGCUCUACCCAUCCCCCAACUCCCUCGUCCCUGGGCAAGCGCCGUUGUUGCUUCACUGGCCCUUCUGUGCUUUGGCGUCAGUUACGAUGGAGACUUUGUCUUUGACGAUUCAGAGGCUAUAAUCAACAAUAUGGACCUUAGACCCGAAACAUCACUUGGCAACCUUUGGGAGCAUGACUUCUGGGGAACUAAUCUUAUUAGCAAUACCAGUCACAAAUCCUACCGACCACUUACAGUGCUUACGUUCAGGUUGAACUAUCUUGUGGCUGGAGGAUUGCACCCAAUUGGAUUUCAUGUAGUCAACAUCGCAUUGCACAGUGUAAUUUCUGUAAUGAUGCUUGAUGUGUUCUCAGUACUUCUGGGUGGUAGGGUACAUGAUGAAAGAGGGAAGCUGCUUGAUAAGGCACCAAAAGCAUCAUUUCUAGCUGCUUUGCUCUUUGCUGUUCAUCCAGUGCACACUGAGAGUGUUGCUGGUAUUGUUGGUAGAGCAGACCUGCUCUGUGCUCUGUUCUUUUUAUUGUCCUUCAUCAGUUACUGUAAAGCCUUCAGGAAGUAUGAUGUGGCUGCAGAGUUCUCCCUUUGCUGGAUUUUUGCCAGCCUGUUGCUUUGUGCAGUUGCAAUGCUUUGCAAGGAACAGGGUAUCACGGUGCUGGUGAGAAAGUUUGUUGCUUACAGUUGGAAACCGAUGCUGUACUUUUCCUCAUAUUUUCUAUCUCUUGCAGUUGUUGUUCAAGUUCACUGUUCAUGUUCCCUUUUUUGUCUGUUCUCACAGGGUGUGAACAUAGUGUUUGAUGCACUAGUGGUUUGCAAAAUGGAUAUCCUACAGCUCGGAGUAACCCUGUUAGGGAAAGACAAAACAUCUGAGAGAAACCUAACAUGGAUAAGAGGGUUUUUUACUCGCGUUCUCCUGAUGUCAUUGGGUGGAGCCGUGCUGCUAUACUGUCGUUGGAGGAUCAUGGGCACUGGCCCCCCGGCAUUCACCGAGGUCGAUAACCCAGCCUCGUUUGCUGACAGUGCACUCGUGCGAACUAUUAAUUAUAAUUACUAUUACUCUCUGAAUGCAUGGCUACUCGUGUGUCCCUGGUGGCUGUGCUUUGAUUGGUCGAUGGGCUGUUUACCCCUGAUUAAAUCAUUCAGCGAAUUUAGAAUUCUUGCCCUUCUUGCUCUUUGGUCCUUCCUUAUUGGAAUCAUCUGGCAAAGUUUAUUCUCCAGAAGCCCAGAUGAAAGAAGAAUUCUUGCCUCUGGGAUUACCCUUGUGAUCAUCCCCUUCCUCCCAGCGUCUAACAUUUUCUUCCGAGUUGGGUUUGUGAUUGCAGAGAGGGUGAUCUAUCUCUCCAGCACUGGUUAUUGCAUCCUCUUGUCGUAUGCCAUGUGUGUACUAUCAAGAAAAGGCAGGCGAAUCAAGAGCCUUCUCUCUGCUGCUCUGUUGGGCUUGGUAACGCUGAAUGUCAUGCAAUGUAUCCGACGCAGCAGUCACUGGAGAUCAGAGGAAGCUCUGUUCACAAGUGCCUUAUCAGUGUGUCCCUUCAAUGCCAAAGUGCACUACAAUGUUGGCAAGAACUUAGCUGACCGAGGAAAAGAAGAGUCUGCAAUUCUGUACUACAGAGAAGCUGUGAGGCUCCAUCCAACGUACGUUCAUGCUAUGAACAAUCUGGGAAACAUCUUGAAAGAAAGGAAGGAGCUUCAUGAAGCUGAGAAGUUGCUCUCUAGUGCCGUGGCCAUUCAGCCUGAUUUUGCUGCUGCAUGGAUGAAUCUGGGAAUUGUACAAAACAGUUUGAAAAAGUUUGAAGAGGCUGAGAAAAGUUACUGGACAGCAAUAAAAUACAGAAAAAGAUAUCCAGACUGUUACUACAAUCUCGGACGCCUGUAUGCAGACCUUCAUCGGAAUGCAGAUGCUCUCAGUGCAUGGCAGAAUGCGACACUUCUCAAACCUAACCAUGGUUUGGCUUGGAACAACAUGAUCAUUCUGCUCGAUAACACAGGCAAUCUAGCAAAAGCUGAAGCAGUUGGAAAGGAGGCUCUAAAAUUGCUACCCAACGAUCACACCAUCAUGUUUUCCUUUGCAAAUGUGCUUGGUAAAUUGAAGAAGUACAAGGAAUCAGAAAGUUUGUUUCUAAAAGCACUUCAGAGUAAUCCCAAAAUAGCAAGCUAUCAUGGAAAUUUAGCUGUACUGUACCAUCGCUGGGGUAAGCUGAAACUGGCCAAGGAGCGCUACGAGAUUGCACUAAGACUAGAUCCUGCCUCGCCGGGGAUUGUGGAGAACUACAGCUUGUUGAAGAAGAAACUAGAACAACUGAAGCAGGGCUGACACAGAUGGCAGAAGGUGGAGAGAUAACUAAAUCAACAGGAGCUUGGCAGUUUCUGUUCAAGAUAUCCCUGCCUGAUAAAUAGUGCACUGGUGUAGGAAGGAACUGAGCUUCCACAGUGAGUCGCACACAGACCAGUUUUCCUUCAGGUGUGUGGUUGUGUUACUGCUGGCUCCUGCCUGUUAGGUCAACUUUGAGUGCCCUUUCUCCAGCCAAUAUUUAUCAGACUCCGCCUUAAAACAUUGUGAGUGAUGUGGCUUCUAUCCCCAGCUGCAGUCUGUGGGAAGCCCAGUUCAUCUCCAGUUACUGACAGACUUUGCAUCUAUGGAAGUGGGAUUGGCAUUGCUGGAAUAAACACCAUGGAUGCAUCGUUGCAGGCUGUUGAGCGCCAGGGGUUAACCCUGGUGAAGUACUUUGGGACAUGAGGAACUACAGGGCCUCUUGAGCUUGUCCCACUAUUCAAUGAAUCAUGUCUGAUCUCUCCACCAUACUUCUGUAACUCCUAAUGUCCUGGUUCAGCAGUAUCUAUUGUGCUCUAUAUUUACAUUUUAACCCACAGCCUUUUUGGCGGUGGGAUUUGCUGAUCUCCCUUAUCCUUUGUAUCAAAAAGUGCUUCCUGACAUCACCCCCACAGAGGCUAGCCUCUGAUUUCAAGGAUCUGCCUCAGUGUCUAUACCGUACUCACCAGAGGUGGAGUCUCUGUCUCUUGCUCCGAAUCUCUCCCUUUCUCCCUCUCCCCCUCUCCCCCUCCCCCUCUCUCCCUCCCCCUUCU